AUGUUGAAUCCUUCGAACAAGCGGACGAGGGAAGACGACGUAGAAGAAGCCAGUGGACCGCAUGAGCCUGUCAUCCCGCAUAAAAAGAAACCACGUCCUCUCCCUCUUCGCAAGUCGCCCGUUUUAAAACAUAUCAAGCCAUUGCCUCGCAACCGUUCUGAGCCUUCGUUCCCGACCUCGUCUACGCUCACGCCCGCCGAGUCGUCUGACGAUGAUCCGAUGCAAGAAGGUGACCGGGACAUGUCACAGAACCAGCAGAUGGAUAUUCACUCGCAUGCUUUCAAUUCCAUGAGAGUCCCCUACGAAUCGGACUCGGAUUUUGAAAUGGUGGAUUCGCAGCCGAGGUCUGCGACCAUGCAACCGUUAUGGUCUGCUGGUUCUGGGCCAUCGAGGCCAGAGAGCAGUCUUGAAUCUCCCAUACCAUCAUUCUUACUCAAUCAGUCUCUAACCGUUAGUGGAGGACGAACAGCGACACCGAUAUUUAGCCACUUCACGUCGAAUAUGACCACAGACUCGAUGAUGAGGGACCCCGUUUCUCUAGCUGAGCAACAGCUUUCGCGCACCUCCCAACGAAUGCCGGCAGAUGAGGCAGGCUGGUGGCGGCGCAGAAGACUUCCAAGUCCCAUUAGUGAGGAUGAGGCCCAGGCAGAUGCCAUGGGUUUCACUGAAAGCUCAGAACGGUGUCCGGAUGAAAUUGUAAACUUUCCUGGCUCAUACAAUCCGUCCGGGAUUCGCAUUUCGAUCACUCCUGCACAGGCCAACGUGCUACCAGCCGGACCGCCACAGGUUCCUAAUCUACAAACAACGCAAGAUACCAGUGCUGAAAAUUGGCAAAAUAUGGAUCUCCCACCCGGCAAUAGCCCUACCACUCAUGAUAGCUCGAAUGCGUCAUCAUCCAGGCCUGUAUCCCAACUGAACGGCCAUUUGACGGGUAGUGAGCGACCAAAGAAGCUGACUAUCGCCAUGGGAUAUCGAGCUGAUUGCGACAAGUGCCGACAACGCGUGCCUGGCCAUUACAGUCAUAUCAUCCGUUCCUAG